AUGUCGAGAGGUUCAUCUGCUUCACAGGACAUCGCCACUAUCCCAAAGCGGCUGCCCCUGUGGGCUGCUUAUUACCAGUUGACUAGGUUCCACCUCCUCCCCGCAGGCGCGGACGUCGUCUUCUGGCCUUGCACUUGGGGAUUGACAAUGGGGGCCUUUGCUGGUGGUAUAUCUGCUAGGCAACUCGCCGUACAGACAUUCUUGUUCCUGGUCGGUUCCACCCUACGGCACAGUGCUGCCUGCAUCUGGAAUGACAUAUGUGAUCGAGAAUAUGAUCGCCAAGUCGAACGCACCAAGAGUCGUCCGAUUGCGUCUGGACUUGUCUCCAUCCCAGUUGCUGUAUCAUUUUCGAUGCUACACGUUGCACUAUGCUGCCUGUUGCUGAAACUUGCCGGUGUGGAUGUGCUCAAAGUAGGACUUGCGGGAGCACUUGCAGUCGAUGUUCCAUAUCCACUCAUGAAGAGGUGGACGUACUGGCCACAGGCAGUCUUAGGUGCAGCUAUCGCGCUGGGCAUACCAGUAGCAUGGCUCUCUAUUAGUGGGCCUCAAUCCCCGGCUGUCGUGAUAAUACUAUCAUUGGGCAGCAUAUGCUGGACUAUAUUCUUCGACACCAUCUAUGCUUGUCAAGAUAGGCGAGACGACAUCAAAGCUGGUAUCCGGUCCACGGCAGUUCUCUUCGGGGACUACAUCAAACCCAUCCUUACUCUAUUCGCCAUUGCUUUUGUGGCAUGCCUCGGCAUUGCAGGGUAUAUGAAUGGACAUGGUUUACCAUACUUUUUAACCACAGUCCUUGGCACGGCGGCACACCUCAUCUGGCAGUUGGCAACAGUAGACUUUGAUAAUGGUCGACAAUGCGGGAACCUUUUCAGAGCCAACGGACAUUUAGGUUACUUGAUUUGGACGGGAAUGCUGCUAGACUUUGCGGUGACUCAGGAGUAG